AUGGAGGAUAAUGCCGAGCUCGAAUUGUUUCGCCGGCGGUGGCGCGAGGAGUUCUUAAUUGAAUCGAACCCCAGGGCUUCUCCUGCUGCAGCUUUGGCCUCAACUGCCCCUCCUCGGACUAAGAACACAAUGCCUGUUACGACAUGGUCCAUGUAUCAAGCUCUUCACAAUGAGAUAUCUAGCCUGCUAGUCGAAGCAGGUCUUCAUUUUGAGUUUUACGAGGAUGAUGAUGAGACGAAAUGCACUCGAAUGCGCGACACAAAUAUUAUGGGCCGUUUUCUGUGCAAUAAACCAGCAUGCAAGUCCAAAGGUUGGUCUAGCAAAAUGAUCGCUAUCACAAUUCGUCUUUAUCCAGAGCAAAAGUACAAUGCCAGGGUAUACCACCAACGCUGCAAAGCUUGCAGCUCGCUGAGCCGACCGGUUUUGGACCAGUCAUACGCCGAGAGAAUCGCUUACUGGAUUAAGAAAUGGAAUGGAAUUCGGGUGGAGAGGCCUUCAUCAUCCGGCGAAAGCAGAGGUCCUCAUAACAGUCAACUUUGCGAGGGUUGUAGAGCUGGGCACUGCUCCAAAUCAGGGGAGGAUUGGGCUACUCGGCUAGAAAUGUUUGUCCCUCCCAAGCCAACAUAUAUGAAUUGA